GCGAACUUCCCGGGCCAACGGGUUAGCCGAUCACCUCUGGACUCCCUCCAGAGAGUCGCCGGCGAUUGGCCCACGUGGGAGGGGACGAAUGAACGCGACUAUAAAUGGUACGAACCGGCCGUUCUCCAGGAACACAAAACGCCGAACCGACGACCGGGCAUCUCACUUCUGGUACGAGCGAGUACUGACGUAGGACAGCAGCGCUCUUACUCAGUCGAGAAGAAGAAGAAGAAGAAGAAGAAGGAGAAGGAGAAGAAGCGGGAGACCGGCCAAGAGCACACGCCCCUGGACUUCGUCAUGAGAGGCCUGAUUCUCCUGCUCGCUACAGCGGCGAGCUGUCGUGCCGGCUACAUCGCUCCGCCGUCGUACGGCAACCCCUUGCUGCACUCUCAGCCCCAGCAAGUCGCACCGAGCUAUGCGCCACCGGCUCCGGUCGGCGAGGACGGCAAUGUCAUCGAUACGCCGGAAGUGGCACAGGCGAAGGCCGCGCACUUUGCCGAAUUCGCGAGAGCAGCCGCUCGAGCAGCUGUGAGCGAGGAGAAAGAGCGGCAGCAGGAGCAGCAACAUGGUUACAACCCGCAUAUCUCGUCGUCAACGCACAUCUACCCGGCGACUCAGCCAACCGCAGUGCCCUACCUCAGGCAGACCAAUUACCAGCAGCCCACACCGACCUAUCAGACGGUGAAUCACGUGCCGACGUCCAUCUACAACCCGGCGAGCUACCACCAGCAGCCGCAGCGGUACGAAGCCCGAGCCAACUUUGUGGGCCAGAAGAACUACGCGCUGCCGUCGAAGACCACCACCUUCGUGCCGGCGCCGUUGGGCGAGGACGGCACGGUCGUGGACACGCCGGAAGUGGCGGCUCUCAAGGCUGCCAGACUGGCCGAGCUCGCCGAGGCCGAGGCGCGAGCUUACAAGCACGCGAGCACGCAGCAGUACAAUCCGGAGGAGGACCAGGGUCAAGGUUACCCGGCGGCCGGACCAGCCCCUAUCAACUACCUGGGGCCCGGCGCUGCGAGAAGCCCGUACUACGGAGUCCAGUCUUACGCGAAUUACCAGCCCCAUCAUUAUCGUCCCCAGCACCUCGUAGGAAACUACUGAUCCUCACGGAUCGGUCGGCCGCCGACACUGUCCGGACACUGUACAUACUCUAGAUGAAUAAAUUGCUUUCCUUCCUUUUCUACGCGAAUCACACCGCGGUGCAUUGUUUCUCACUACGCCGACGACAUUUGUACGCCUCUUCUAUGAUUCUCGGCUGAUUGUGAUACAUAAAGACUGCUGAGAGAAAGAUUCAGUGGAAGGAUCAACCGUGUCGACUCCUCUUGUCCUCCUGAUCCUCUUCGCCUGUCAAAUUUAUUGUCUCGUUUUGUACGAUAUAUAUACAUGUGACUAUUUUAUAAUAAAUAAAUAAAUAAAUAAAUUGAAUU